AAAAAACCAGUAGUACCAGCAUUGAAAAUGAAAGCAAACAAAUUAACCUUACGAUUGACUCAGAUAAAUUCUACAUUCAAACUAAUCUUAACAGUCUAGUUGGCUUAUGUUUUCAUAUUGUGUUUCAUUGUACUGAAUUUUUAAAAUGGCAUUUGCAAAAUUAUUUUCGAGUGGUUAUGUUUUUUAUUUGGAGAGAAAUUUUAGCAAGAUAUUAACUAGGAGUUGCAGUGGGAAGACAAAUGUACCAGUAUGUGACAAAAAUGAAGAAGGUAAAGACAAUACAGUAUCGGGAGAGUCACCUUCAGGAAUUGGAAAAAAGAAUGGUUUAGUGCUGGGUGUUUAUGAAGAUGGUGACCAGUUCCAGUUGACCCCCGCAGCAGAAGAGGUCAACCAGAAGAGUGGGGGCAAGCUAUGCAAGUAUCUCAAUGAGCUCUCAUGCGAGAUGAAGCUCGGUAAAGCUUUCGUCGUGACAGACGUCGCGCCAGACGUGAGUUGCGUGGCGCUCGCUUGUCUCGGCAAGAAAGCGCCUGGCUAUAAUCACUUGGAGGAUAUCGAUGAAACUAACGAGAACGUGCGCGUGGGCGUGGGCGCGGGCGUGCGCGCGCUGGCGGCGCGAGGCGCGCGUGACGUCACCGUGGACGCGGCCGGCCAGCCGCGCGCCGCCGCCGAGGCCGCGCACCUGGCCGCUUGGAAUUUCCAAGAAUUCAAAUCGCUGGAGACACGUAAACCCGAAGUUAAACUCUCACAAUACGGCUCAGAGCCCAGUGACGAAUGGACCCUAGGGUCAAUCCUGGGUCGGUCCCAGAACUGGGCCAGGUUCCUCUCCGAUAUGCCCGCAAAUAGCAUGACUCCUAUAGGACUUGCGCAAGAAGCAUUAGACGUCCUCUGCCCUCUCGGAGUGCAAGUAACUGUGAGGGAACGGGACUGGAUAGAGGCACAAAAGAUGGAGGCAUUUCUCGCCGUGGCCAAAGGCUCUUGCGAGCAAGCUGUGUUGUUGCAAUGCGACUACCGCGCGGGGGGGGACACUCCGCCGGUGCUGUUGGCCGCUAAGGGCGUCACUUUUGACAGUGGUGGCUUAUGUCUGAAGAAAGCUCACGAAAUGAAGGAAAAUCGCGGUAGUAUGGCCGGCGCCGCCGUCGUGCUGGCGGCAAUCCGGGCCAUAGCACUCGCUAAGGUGCCUAUAAACGUGAGCGCGGUGAUACCGCUCUGUGAGAACAUGGUCAGUGGCCAGUGCAUGAAAGUGGGCGAUGUGGUCACUGCUCUCAAUGGACUCUCCUUGCAGAUAGAAGAUACGGACAUGGAAGGUCGUCUGAUGCUGGCGGACGCUCUGGUGUUAGGGCAGGUCCUGCACAAGCCUUCGCUCGUUAUUGACGUGGCAACACUCACUCACGGGGUGCUCCUCGCCACGGGGGGCGGCGCCUUCGGCUGCUUCUCGAACAGCGAGCCGCUGUGGCGCGCGCUGCGCCGCGCCGGCGCGCGCACGGGCGACCGCGCCUGGCGCCUGCCGCUGUGGGACUACUACCAGCGCCAGAUACAGAACGAUCCAGCAGUGGAUUUACGCAACAGAGGAUCAGGAACUGCCACUCCAUGUAUAGGUGCUGCAUUUCUGAAGAACUUCGUUUGUUGCGACUGGUUGCACAUGGAUAUAACUGGAGUGGGCAAGUUAUCGCAUGCCCCGGCGCCCCCUUACUUACACCCCUACCGUAUGACAGGUCGACCAACGCGCACGCUGGCCACAUUUCUGAUGAAUGCAGCUGAAUCGAAAGAUUGCAAAUAGACCAACUUUUUUUUAAAUCGUUUUCUUAUUGUGAUUGUAUUUUGUAAUAAAUUAACGCGCAUUCACACGUUCUUUUAUUGAUAAUCGGGAAUUACCUAAUAAAUUUUGUUUUAUUGUGACGUGUACAUUUAAAUCUAAGGAAGUGAAAAUGAAACACCGAUGCUUAUUGACCUAAAAAUGAAGAAACAUUUAUUUUCAGUAUGUCUUUUGUAAAAUUUAAUAACAGAAUGAAUCAAAUGUGGUAAUUCAAUAACAGCUGAGUUGCUCACAGUCGAUAGAAUUACUUCACCAACAAUAGAAAUAUAAUAUUUAUCAAGUCAUUUACAGAUACAAUUAAAUGUAGUAUCGAUAAAUCUAAUUUAUUCGUACAGAGUUAGAUUUAAACGUUGAAUGCGAAGCGCGGGGGCGGCCCCACUCGGCCGGAUUCUCACACAUCGCUAACCAAACUCCAAAUAAAUCAAACCAACAUAAAAAAAAAA